CAUUUUCAGUUUAAAUCGAGAGCACGUACUCGUGGGUACAUAAUUCAGUUUUAAAUUGAGAAAGAAAAGUUAAAAUUGCACCGUUAGAAAAUGAAGUUAUUAUUCUGUUUAUUACUACUAUUAACAUUCAUGAACAUCCGUCAUAUUAGAGGAAAUGGUAUCAGAGUACCAUUGUCAAUAUACGAACAUGAAGUGAAUGGAUACGAUGAAGACGUUGACUAUUAUGGAAGUAUUUCAAUUGGAACCCCGCCACAGAAAAUCAACGUAUUAUUCAGUCUAAGGCAUGACCAUAUUCAGGUGCUCUCAAGUUAUUGCAACAGUUCAGUUUGUCGUGAUCAAAACCACAGUACUUAUAACCACAAAAUCUCAAAAACAUUCCGAAGUGAAGAUGACUUUGAUUCAAAAAUUUGGAAAGAUUUCGUUCGAGUAAACGAUACAAUUACAAUAGGUGGUAUCCAGAUACACAAUGCAUCAUUUUCAGUAUAUGCGAAGUUGAAGGAGGAAUGCGACAGUAAACCAUGCGAUGGUAUUGUGGGAUUAGGUCAAUAUAGCCACUUAUUUGAACACUGCAAACAAAUUGGAUUGAAGAAGAAAUUUUCAUUCUACACCAAUUAUCCUUGGGACAAUAAUACCUCUGAACUCAUGUUAUGCGGCGAAGACAAGACAAAGUUUCGCGGUAACUUGCAAUACGUUACUUCGAAUGGUUACAUCAGUCAACUUUUUGGAUAUGGCGUUCAAAUAGAAAGUGCUUUGGUGCAUCGUAACGAUAAAAGUGAUUCAACAAUGAAAGUCGCAAAUAGUAAUGUUGUACUGCACUUUGUACUCAACCCUGGCGCGUCAUACAUUAGUGUGCCACAAGACGAAAUUGAUAUGAUCUACAAAGCGUUAAACGCCACAACAUCAAAAAUUAAUAACUUGAAUAAGGUUGACUGCAAAACCAUUCACACAUUACCAAGUAUCACAUUUACAACUGCUGGCAGGAAUUUCACUCUUACAGGAAAUGAUUACAUCAAACAGUUGACGCACAGUGAUCAACGGGUCUGUAUAGUUCGGUUCAUGCCACACAAAUUCAAAACCGGUUGGUGGGUUAUAGGAAACGUGUUUAACAGAAAGUUUUACACUGUAUUCGAUUGGGAGACGAUGAGAAUUGGAUUUGCCGAAAGCAUUCAUGGACCUGCUCAGAUAAUGGUCUUCCUUUUUUAAUGGAAAGAUGAAAUAACGUUUCAGGUAUUACACAAUGAUUUCUAUACAUUUUAAGAUUAAAAUAAUAAUGAAAUGAAAUAUUCGUGACCGCUAAAGAAUGACACUCAAAAGUUACUGUUAUACCGCUGAAAUUUCACAUUCAACACAUUAUAGGUACAUACCAACAUAAAUAUCGCGUCAGUGAAAAUUUGAGGGAUGCAUAUCUUAAAAAAUAGUGUCACAAAUGUUCGAAAAUUUGGUAGGCGCGAUUAGCAAUAUUCAAUAUUUCAAAAUAAUAUUCGAAAACUGAAUUUUUAGAAAAAACAAUUAGGUACUUAUUUAUAAAUUAAGGUACAAUUUUAACAUUAAACAUUUUUAUACUAAUCUUUUACAUUCUAUAAAAUGUAAUUCAGACACUAUUGUAGUAAGUACCUUCAUUACACAACAUUUCAAAACAUCAUUCAAUUCUUAAUUUUUCUCAUUAAAAAUACCUAAAAUUGCAAAAUAGUCGAUGUAGUAAUUCCGCAAGCAUCACUCAAAAGUAUUCAAUUUACCGGAAUACAUUUCGAAUAACCAUUCAAGUUUUGAAUAUUUGAUUUUCACAUCACCCUUGUCGCGAUUUUAUUCGUGAUUUGAAUCAUAGAGUCAUGAAUCACAAUUACAAAUCAUUUUCAACUUCUUGUUCUCUUCAUUAGACCACAAGACUUUUAUUUUUUGCAUUUGUAACAUUUCGCCGCAAUUAUGAGGCAUUUUAACAACUUUGCGUAAUGUUUUAAGCAAAUACUUAGUUGACAAUUUUAUACUUACCUAGGUACUCGUUUUCUACCAAAAUCUCAUUAAUUCAAUUUUUAGCAAUUUUCAGCUAAGUAAUAAAAAUCAAUUACGCAGUUUUCCUUAUAUUUUGUGCAAUUUUUUGCAAAUUUUUAUUGUGCAUUGAGAAUUUAAGUAUUUCGGUUCAUUUUUAGUACUGUUCAAUAACCUACUCAAUAUGUACCUAUCAUUCGCGAGAUUUCGUUAUAUUCUAAAAUAUUUCAUUAGUUUUAUACAUAAACAAUAAUAUAUUUCUGUUAAGUUAUCUGAACGAGUUGUAAGAUUGUUUCAUGCAACUCGAGCAGAACUUCAUUCAAUUUUUAUUGAAAUUUUAUCACUUUUUGGUAAUUUUAAAUAAUCGCAAAACAACUUCUUCAAACUUGAUGUUUUUCAUCUUGGAUAAUGCAGCUUGGUAAAAAUACCAAAAAGGAGCACAAAAUGAGUACAUGUUUUCAAAGAUAGAUAAUAGUUCACCAAUAGAAACAAAAUUAAUAAUAUAAAUAAACCGAAGUCGCAGCAGUUUCAUGUAGAUCUAGGCAAUAAAAUGUCUGUCAAGUAAAAUAAAAAAUUAUUCGAAAAUGGCGUGCUUCAAAUCGCAUUUUCCGUAAUUCGGUCAUUUGUUUUUCUGGUACCAUUUAGUACUGCUGCAAUAAUUGAUAAAGUUCUCUCAGUACCUAACUGUAUUUUUUAUUAGGUAUUUAUUAAUAUAAUUAUAUUUAUUAAGUAAUAGUAAGUAUGAUAUUCUAUGUGUCUCUUGAACAAGGCGUUUAUUUAUAUUUCAAGAAAAUCUACUGCAUGUAUAAUCAUGGUAGUACCUACCUAAUUAUGUUACUUACCCCUUGUACUUGUUUCAAAUUAAUAAAGUUAUUUUAAUAAAAUGUA